AAAUUAAACAAAAUUAUUUUAAGCUCACGAACUGUGCGAAGAGAGUUGUUGCUUCAGGGUGAUGUCUAUGACAAAGAUACAUCUUCUAUAUCUGGCAAUGUUGGCGAAGAUAAAGAUCAUCUUCCAAGGAAUGGAACUAAAAGCGUAGCAUCUAUGAUAGAAAAGUCUUCGGUGGCCAAGCAGUGCAACGCGGGCUCACAGACUCCUUUUAGGGAGUCCUCGCUGCACAAGGAUGCUGCAACGGAUCGUAAGGAGUUGAUAGAUAGUUCGACAGCUACACCCAUCAUGAAAGAUAACAUGUCAGUAUUCUCUCCUUCACCUGCCGUGAGUUCAGUUCCCAAGAGAAGGAUGUGGGAGAAGGAGAUUGACAAAAGCACUAUCUAUACAGAACUUAUUCAUAGCAAAAGUUCUGACGACGAGCAGCGCAUCCCUCGAAUGGAAGUGCAUGAUAUUAUAACAGAAACUAGUUCGCCGUGCUUAUCUGCUCCUGAGGAUCCAUUUUUAUACGGCGUAUUGCGAAAGGCAACCCGGUUGGGAAGUUUUAGGCCGCGGAUGUGCAGAGGCAUCGAUGUCGUUGAUUCAACUCGAGCGAGAACGAAGAUGCCCUUCAGAAGCAAAGCAAGAGAUGAAAGCAAUAAAGUCUCCAAGAGUCCAGGGAAGAAUACAGGAUUUUUGGUUGACGAGUCUCCAAAGAGCAUCAAUUCUUGUCCAGAAGCUUCAGAGAAACAGAACACCCACACCUCUUCAGAUCAGCCUACAAUGGAGUACAUGACACUCUUGCAGUACUUUGAGUCUGGAGAGAGACCUUCACCCGUUCCCAAGCUCAUGAGUGAAGCACCUUCUGCAGAAGACUCAUCUAAGCAGCAGUUGAGCUUCGUUCAAGCAGCACCUCAACCGCUUGGAACUGCUGCUCUUGUCACAGACCUACCAGAAAUUGAUCCUCUCCUACCAGAGCUCCGAUCAUUUGGUAACAACGCUCUUGAUCUCUCGUAUAGAGAAACUAUGGAAGCUCUCGCGAAACUUCCGGCUCGAGGAGUUUGCAGAAUGCGCACUAUUCCUCAAGUUUCAGAAGUUCCAGAGCCAGUGACACGGCCGGUACCCCGCAGAGACGAACACAAGGUCAUGUCCGGAUCGAAAGGAGACAAGCAGGAGGCUAAAUUGGACUCAAAAAGCCCUACGGCGAGUACGCCUCCAUCCCGGCAGGCUCCCAAAUCAAGGGUUGAACCUGACACUCCCAGUCCAGGAUCUAUGCACAACACGCACGGCCGAACUACUGGUAAAACCCAAGAAGAGCCCCCCAACAGCGUGACCUCGAAGCAGAGAAGACCUAAUGCUAAAAAGUGUUCAGAAACGUCGAUUUCCAGAAAUUUGAGCAAGGAGUCUUCUCCCAAGCGUCAUGACGAACAAUUUCAUACAGUAGAAGAAUCUACCAUAUCUCGAGUUUCAGACAGCUCUACUUUCGAUUCCCGUACCUCACAUGCCGGUAGUGGUAACAAUCAAGGCUUGAAGAGGACGACUCAGAGAGCAACUGAAGCUGCUGAUAAAGCUUCUUUAAAAUCGAGUUUAAACGAAGGAUCAAAGGGUUGGCCCUUCGAGCAUCCCUCCAGGCCAAAGGACUUCAAAAGUAGAGAAGACAGACUACUGACUCCAGGCCUAACGCAAAUGGAUUGGGAGAAGUCGCUCCAGGAGGCAGUGAUGAAAAGCGAACCUCCUGUGGACAUGGUCUUGCAUGAAUGCUUGCAAUGUGGGAGGACCUUUAAGCUGGAGUCAUUGCAGGUACACAUGCGGGGUUGCCAUGCAAUCAAUAAGCCAAAGUCAUUGUCAACGCAGAGGAGAAGAGUAUCUCAAUAAAAACUUAGUGGAUAGCUUAGUUUCGAGCCAGUCCUGUGCAAGUCUUUCUUCAUCAACGAAGAACCAGCUCCGAACCACCGCAAGAGAUAUGUCACUUAGCCAACUGAAGGAUGUAACAGAAUUUUAAUUGUACAGGAGAGAAACAGGAAAUUUUCGCUUUUUUCCCAGCCUGAGGUUUACUUCCAAUUAUCUUUCAUCUUAGGGCAUACGCUCAUGAGAACUUCCAGCGAGAGUACAUGAUUGUAAGCGGCUGGAAAAAUUGCUACGUUUCUUGAGCUGCUCUUAGAUGCAGCUCCUUGAACCAGUUUAGUUAAAAAGUGGACUUGCAAAGUACAGCGAGCUAAACAGAUUGUAAGAGUCAAAUAUUCCCAUUGAAGAGAAAAUUUCGAAAGGA